AUGCCUGAGGGGAAAUCAGCACCCGCAGAGCAGGCGGAGCCGUCGAUACCCCGCUAUUUCCGUAACGACGCUCCGCUGGCACGAAGAGAUCCUCACAAGCAAUUGCUAGCAUCUCUUGACCGACUAAUCAAGAAGCAUCCUCCGCAUCAUAUAUCGCCUGGAGGUGGCCUCUACUAUGGGCCUAUCUCUGUUGCCUUCCUCCUAUACUCUCUCCACGACCUGUACCCGGAUCUGAAAUUGGAAGACUAUCCUCUAAACACAUGGUCCGCUGCUUACCUCGAGCAAGCACAGGCAAACAUCAAGAAGUUUCCGGCACCCUCUCCAAGCAAAUGCGGCGUGUCAAACGACAUCAUGUCGCUCCUUGCCCUGUACGCCGUGACGGCGAAAGAUCCGGACACUGUCAGGGAACUUUGCGAUCAUGCCGCAGUCAUGCUCGAGCCAGAAACUUCAAAUGAAUGGCUCUAUGGCCGUGCCGGAUACUUAUACCUCCUUCGGUUUGUCCGCGGUGCCUUCACCAACAACAAAGAGAUCACAGAGCUUAUCGAAGACACUGCUGAUGAGGUGAUCGAGAACAUCGUCGCAAGCCCUCGUCCUUGGAAAUGGCACGGCAAGACUUAUGUGGGUGCCGUACAUGGCGCGAUAGGAAUCAUCAUGCAAAUUGUCCUCACCGACCCCUCCUGGGCACCAAAGCUCGAGGCCGAGUUGGGAGCUCUUCUCAGCUACCAGUACGACAGCGGGAAUUUCCCAUCGUCACUUCCACCGGGACGCGACCGACUUGUACAAUUCUGUCACGGUGCCUCGGGUGUCGUUGGCUCGCUCCUUCCGAUCCGCAAAUACUUCCCUGGCCUCCACGACCGCAUCGACAAAGUGAUUGCCAAAGCCCGGGAUUGUAUAUGGGAGAGAGGUCUUCUGACUAAAGAGCCCUGUUUGUGCCACGGUAUUACGGGCAAUGCACUUGCCCUGGAAGGCAAACAAUUCGAUCACUUCAUGACUUACACCACGGGCCACGAGAUCAAGUCAAUGGAGAAGGAUGGUAUGCUCGAAAAAUCGGAUGAUCCAUCAGCGCUAUGGCACGGCGAGGCUGGACGUGCCUGGGGUUGGGCUGUCGCUGACAAAGGCCUGGAGAAGAGGUAUCUUGGCUUCAACGACGUUUAG